CCGGCGCCAUGUGGGGCGGGCGCUGCUCGCUGCUGCUGGCCGCGCUGGGCUGGCUGCUGCCGGCGGGGGCGGCGGGCAGCGGCGAGUACUGCCACGGCUGGCUGGACGGGCAGGGCGGCUGGCGGGACGGCUUCCAGUGUCCCGAGCGCUUCGACGGCGGCGACGCCACCAUCUGCUGCGGCAGCUGCGCGCUGCGCUACUGCUGCUCCAGCGCCGAGGCGCGUCUGGACCAGGGCGGCUGCGACAACGACCGGCGGCAGGGCGGCGGCGAGCAGGGCCGGCCCCGCGACGGGCCCGACGGGGCGGCAGUGCCCAUCUACGUGCCGUUCCUCAUUGUCGGCUCCGUCUUCGUCGCCUUCAUCAUCCUGGGCUCGCUGGUGGCCGCCUGCUGCUGCCGCUGCCUGCGGCCCAAGCAGGAGCCUCAGCAGAGCCACGCUCCCGCCGGUGCCCGCCUGAUGGAGACCAUCCCCAUGAUUGCCAGCGCAGGCACCUCGCGUGGCUCCUCCUCGCGCCAGUCCAGCACUGCCGCCAGCUCCAGCUCCAGCGCCAAUUCGGGGGCCCGCGCCCCCCCGACCCGCUCGCAGACCAACUGCUGCCUGCCCGAGGGCACCAUGAACAAUGUCUACGUCAACAUGCCCACCAACUUCUCGGUGCUCAACUGCCAGCAGGCCACCCAAAUCGUGCCGCACCAGGGCCAGUUCCUGCACCCGCCCUACGUGGGCUACGCUGUCCCGCACGACGCGGUGCCGCUGGCCCCUGUUCCCCAGUUCCUGGACGGGCUGCAGGGCGGCUACCGGCAGAUCCAGUCCCCGUACCCGCAUGCCGGCGGCGAGCAGAAGAUGUACCCGGCGGUCACCGUGUAGUUGCCUGCCACGGUGCGUUUUUGAUUGCCGAACUGAGCAGAGGAGAAAUACUUCUUUGAAACGCGGCUCCCACAACAGCGCUUGUAAAUAAUUUGGAAAGGCUCAUGCAUGUCAGACAGUGUUUAUAAACCAUUUAUUCUCAUCGAGUUCUGUUGCCAGAAACUGUAGGAUGAUACCUCCGAAUUAACGUUUCCAGAUACGCUUUCAUUCCAGUGCAUGAUUUACAGUGGCGAAGGAUUACGCUGGAAACGCAUAUGCAUUUCAGAUCACUGUGCUCAUGAGAUAAUGCCGCAGCCAUUAAGUGCCCUUCAGGUAUGACAUGGUCAGAAGUAUUUGCCUAAUUAGUUUGCAGAAGAGCUUUGUUACACAGAACAAGAGCGCGGUACUUACAAAGCCUUUCUCCUCUCCUCGUCCCGUCUCCUGGUGACAUUUCCCACUGCUUCACAGGCAGUGGCAGGCAGGGCCAGGCAGGGCAGUCAUCGUGCGCUCAAUUCCUGCUUCCGGCUCCCAUGGCAUUGUGGGGUGCUCGGUCCUGCGAGAGCAGCUUCCCUUGCCCCUGGUAUUUAUGUAGGAAUUACAUGAUGUAGGAGUGGACCAAUUGCUCAGCUCUUAACUUCCGGCGUGUUUGAAACCCUUCUUGUUUUGAUUUUGCCUCCGGAAUGGGAACCAGUAGUGGCUGGCACAAGCUUACGUUCUCUCCAUGAACUUUCUGCUAGGAGCAGGGUGUGAGGUGCCUGCUCCUCCUGCCACCAGCACCACUGUUGGGACGGCGACCGCCCUCGGAGCUGACCUCGUGCUGCAGCUUCCUUGCGCUUCUGUCAGCCUCACCCUGCUGAGCACCAACUGUUGGGCCAGUGAAGGAGCCCGCCCUGAGGCUGCAGGCCCUUGAGCAGCAGCAGCCGCCUCAGCAUCUCCAGCAGCGUCACCGAGAGCUGCAACUGUGUGGGAAGGGCAAAACCCAAAGCAGGCAACGCUGUAAGCGGGGCAGAGCCGGCAGAAGGCUCCUUGCCUGAUACUGCAUCGGUACGUAGCAAUAAUAGGACGCUGCUAUUUUUGUGUGUCUCUCCUCAAACCACGUGGAAGCACUGCCAAAUGUGACGAGUUGCCUGUGAACAUGCCGCGCACACACGCAGUUGGUCUGCAGAAGUUGAGAAACGUUUGUGACCACGGAGGGGGAAGGUGAAGGGGCAACUUGUAGCAGCUCCGCUGGGCUCUCCCCAGGCAGUGAGCUCCCCGGAGCACGGCUCUGUCCUGCACCGCGCUGGGACCCGUGGCCUUGUGGGGUCACAGGCCAUGGCUGGUAUCUCCUGCCAGGGCGCCUGCUGCGACCCGUGGCGUUCAGGUGACUCUUUGUAUAUUGUUUACUUGUUUAAAAAAAAAAAAAAGAAUAAGUUAAAUUUAAAUCUGUAGAAAAUAAUUUACAGCGGAAGGAAAAGCGACCCAAGUUGUAAUAAGAGGAAGUUUGUGAGAUGUGCUGUUUUUUUUUUUUUAAUGUCAUGUAUAAUAAUGUAAAACCAAUGUUAACGUUUGAUAUAGCUUUUAAAUCUCUGAAAGGGCACUUGGUUUAAAGUGUUUCUUACAAAUGAAGAAAAAAGCCCCCUUUGUUUCUUAAUAAAUACUUUAUGGUGUGA